AAAGAGCGCCUGAGCCGAGGCCGGAAGCACUCGGAAGUCACGUGCUCCCCGGGCCGCGCCUGUGAUUGGCUGGGAAGGACGCGAGUGAUGCCGCUGUGAUUGCUGAAUUGUCUGGGCAGGUCUCCUGAAGUCUGGGAAGAGGAAGAGGAGGGCGAGUCCUGCUUUCCCGGUGAUCCUGUGGCCACACCCCCUGGUGAACCCCGAAUGCCCCCCUCGGGUGUCACCAGCAUGGCGUUCUGAAGUCCAUGUGGCUCGUCUCAGUGAACCAGGUCCUCAGGAAAAUGCAGAGACGCCACAGUAGCAACACAGAUAACGUGCCACCUGAAAGAAGCCGCAGCCAGGCGCUCAGCUCCGAGGCCAGUGUGGAUGCCGCGGGCGUCUUUGAGAGUCUGAAGGCCGAAGCGACCACCCCCACGACACUCUUCUCGGGGCUGCCCGCCACGCCCUUCCCGUCCAGCCUGGUGCUGGGCUCCUCGGCCGGCGGCGGGGACGUGUUCCUCCAGAUGCCCGCAUCCAGGGAGGAGGGCGGCGGCCGCGGCGAGGGGGGCGCCUACCACGCCCGCCAGCCCCACCACCACUUCCACCACGGGGGCCACCGCGGGAGUUCCCUGCUGCAGCACGUGGGCGGGGACCACCGCGGGCACCCCGAGGAGGGCGGCGAUGAGCAGCCGGGGACGCCGGCACCGGCGCUGUCCGAGCUGAAGGCGGUCAUCUGCUGGCUGCAGAAGGGGCUGCCCUUCAUCCUCAUCCUGCUGGCCAAACUCUGCUUCCAGCACAAGCUUGGCAUCGCCGUGUGCAUCGGGAUGGCCAGCACCUUUGCCUACGCCAACUCCACGCUCCGAGAGCAGGUGUCCUUGAAGGAGAAGAGGUCGGUGCUGGUGACCCUGUGGAUCCUGGUCUUCCUGGCGGGCAACACCCUGUAUGUGCUCUACACAUUCAGCUCCCAGCAGCUGUACUACAGCCUCAUAUUCCUGAAGCCCAACCUGGACACGCUGGACUUCUUUGACCUGCUGUGGAUCGUGGGCAUCGCUGACUUCGUGCUGAAGUACAUCACCAUCGGCCUCAAGUGCCUCGUCGUGGCCCUGCCCAAGAUCAUCCUGGCCGUCAAGUCCAAGGGCAAGUUCUACCUGGUCAUCGAGGAGCUGAGCCAGCUGUCCCGUUCGCUGGUCCCCAUCCAGCUGUGGUACAAAUACAUCAUGGGCGACGAGUCAGCCAACAGCUACUUCCUGGGCGGGGUGCUGAUUGUGCUGUACAGCCUCUGCAAGUCCUUCGACAUAUGCGGCCGUGUGGGCGGAGUGAGGAAAGCCCUGAAACUUCUCUGCACCCCUCAGAACUACGGAGUGCGAGCCACCGGGCAGCAGUGCACAGAAGCCGGCGACAUCUGUGCCAUCUGCCAGGCGGAGUUCAGGGACCCUCUGAUCCUGAUGUGCCAGCACGUGUUCUGCGAGGAGUGCCUGUGUCUGUGGCUGGACCGGGAGCGCACCUGCCCGCUGUGCCGCUCGGUGGCCGUGGACACGCUGCGCUGCUGGAAGGACGGAGCCACAUCUGCGCACUUCCAGGUGUACUAGGCGAGGGGGCCCAGCCGACUCCUCGGACCAGGCCUGGAUCCGCCCCGCCCCUUCAUCUAUACGC